UGCUGUUGUGCUGAACGUGAAGCCUCUUUAAACACACGAUUCGCGCUUGUUUAAAACCUCAGAUAAUACCACCAUCAUCUUCAUCUCCGUAACGGGCUCCCGAGUCUAACGGUUUUUUCCCCUCGCCUUUUUAUCCUGAGUCAGGAUGGGAAGCUGUUUAACUGUGGGGCCAAACGAAGCGUUGGUGGUCUCCGGUGGUUGCUGCGGCUCUGAUAACAAAACCUACGUCGUAGGAGGAUGGUCCUGGGCAUGGUGGCUCAUCUCAGACGCCCAAAGGCUAAGCCUGGAGAUAAUGACUCUGCAGCCACGAUGUGAGGAUGUGGAGACAGCAGAAGGAGUAGCUAUCACUGUCACAGGGGUGGCUCAGGUGAAAGUCAUGACGGAGCAGGACCUGCUGGCAGUGGCUUGUGAGCAGUUUCUGGGUAAAUCAGUAAUGGAAAUCAAAGGUGUGCUGCUGCAGACUCUGGAGGGACAUCUGCGCUCCAUUCUAGGUACUCUGACAGUCGAGCAGAUCUAUCAGGACAGGGAUCAGUUUGCUAAACUGGUGAGGGACGUAGCAGCUCCUGACGUCGGCAGGAUGGGCAUCGAGAUUCUGAGCUUUACCAUUAAGGAUGUGUAUGAUAAACUGGACUACCUGAGCUCCCUUGGAAAGACCCAGAUUGCAGCUGUCCAGAGGGAUGCAGACAUCGGUGUGGCCGAGGCAGAGAGGGAUGCUGGGAUACGGGAAGCUGAAUGCAAGAAGGAGAUGAUGGAUGUUAAAUUCAAGGCCGACACCAAGAUGGCUGACUCCAAACGAGAACUGGAGCUGCAGAAAGCUUCAUUCAACCAAGAAGUCAAUGCUAGGAAAGCAGAGGCCCAGCUGGCAUACGAGCUGCAGGCUGCCAAAGAGCAGCAAAAGAUCCGGCUGGAGGAGAUUGAGAUCCAAGUGGUGCAGCGGAAGAAGGAGAUUACAAUUGAGGAGAAGGAGAUUGACCGGACAGACAAGGAGCUCAUUGCCACUGUAAAGAGGCCUGCUGAGGCCGAGGCCUAUAAAAUGCAGCAGCUGGCUGAGGGCGAGAAGCUGAAGAAAGUGCUGAUUGCCCAGGCUGAGGCCGAGAAGAUCAAAAAGAUUGGUGAGGCGGAGGCUAGCUCGAUUGAAGCGGUGGGAAAGGCUGAGGCUGAGAAGAUGAGACUGAAGGCUGAGGCCUACGAGCAGUACGGAGAUGCAGCUAAGACAGCUUUGGUCCUCGAGGCCCUGCCUAAGAUUGCUUCCAAAGUGGCGGCGCCCUUAGCCAAGACGAAUGAAAUUGUCAUUCUGAGUGGCGAGGGCAGCCGUGUGACAGGCGAGGUGAACCGCCUUUUGGCCGAACUUCCCGUGUCGGUCAACGCUCUCACUGGAGUGGAUUUGUCGAAGAUCCCUCUGCUGCAGAAGGUGACCAGCUCAGCUUAAGCCUGAAAACCGAAGACUCCACAUGACUCCAGUCUCUGUUGUAUGCACUGUCAUAGACUGCCUUUAAUACACUUGAAGAUUUUUGUUGUUUUAUACGUAUACUCUGUAUACCAAGUGAAUUUUGGAAACCUCUGGUGCCUUACUUUAUACAGGACCAGAAAAUCUGCAUGCACUGCUGCUCAUUCAAAGAUUUUGUUUUUAGUUUAAAACUUGAAUAUUUUGUGAUUGAUUUUUAUUUGUUGUGUUUGAAAUGUAUUUAUUGGCCGGCUUGUAUAAAACAUAAUUGAACAAGAGAGCUGAUAUUAGACUGAAAGAUGAGGCAGAUUAUAUUUGUUAUUUAUUAUAUCAUAACACCUACUCUUUGGUAAUUAUACACUGAGGCCAGUUUGUACACUCUUUAUGUUUCAGCCCUUUUGUUAAUUUAUAUACCUGUUAUGUGACACAUCUGAAUUCCACAGAUAAUUUCAAUCUUUUUUUUUCUCAGUGUGUUUCAUGUUGUCAUUUUUACCAAUGAAACACUGUUUUAUGUCUCAGAAGUUGAGACAAAGGUGCUCUCAGUCUCAAAAGAAGCCCUGCUGAUUUUUUUUCAAAUCUCCACCUUCAGUCCUUUGCAGACUUUUUGUCUGUUCCCCUCUGAAUGAAGUUUUUCUCUCCGCGUCUGUUGAUAUCAAGCAUGACAUGUUUUACCAUCAUUUAUAUGCUGACAGGGAAACGGGUAGCAAAUUCUUGUGUUAAUGUGGUUAGCUUGUAAUGUGUGUGACUUUUUUGAUUUUAUAUAUACAUAUAUAUAUAUAAAAAUAUAUAUACAGUGGGUUUUAAUGUAAAAGGUAGCUGCUGGCUUGGCCUUGAUUAAAAGUAGAAAAAUGUGGCUGGUGAGGGGGGGUUGCAGAGAAAUUGUGAAAGUAACCAGUUUAGAGAAUUGAACGUCUUUAUAUUGCGUAAAAUGUGAGGCUAUCAAAUAGAUUUAGAACAUGAAACAGUGAUGCCAAAUAGAACAGACUGACUUGAUUUUUACUGUAUCAGAAGGAGGGAUUGUGCAUCUGAGGACCAAUGUUUAAUUUGACACAACAGUUACCUAUAGAUGCUAAGCCAUGUUUAACAGAGUGUGUCAACAAACCAAACUUUUACAUUUUAGAGAGACACUCUUUUCUGUUCAGCGUUUCUACAUAUCUGCAAUUUCUGAACUGUGGCAUCAGAUAUGAAGUGAUAUUCUAGCGGGGUACACUGGAUAAUCAAACUUAUCUUAAUGUUAUAUCUGUUAAAAUUUGUAAUUGUCACAGAGCUUUCUAGUUUGGAAGUGUAAUCCACUGCAGCUGCUCACAGAAUCUGUCCAUUUUAGCAAAAAAGUCGUGCAAAUGGUUUGCGCAUUUCCAUCCACUCUCGUGUUUCCAGACGACCUGACUGCAACCUGGCAGGGACGUUUAGUUUGAGUAGUUAUUGGGGAAGAAGCGGUCAGUCUGGGAGAAUUUAUAGAAGACUGUUAUUCUUGUUGUUGAUGCUUUUUUGUGUGUGUGAGUCUCUCAUCUUCACUUUCUUCAUGACCUGUUUGUUUCAAAUGUUCAUAUGUUCAUGUAUGCUCCUGCUGCAUGUCAUCCAUCUGGAUACAAUAGAAUCUGCUCACUCUCAAACUGUCAUUCUAAUAAAUCAAACUGCCAUGA